AUGGCCCGCUGGAUUCCCACCAAGCGGGAGAAGUACGGGGUCGCAAUCUACAAUUACGAGGCUGUCCAAGAUGUGGAGCUCUCCUUGCAGGUUGGUGAUACGGUUCACAUUUUGGAGAUGUAUGAAGGUUGGUACAGAGGAUACACCCUCAGGAAUAAAUUGAAAAAGGGCAUUUUUCCCAAAACUUACAUUCAUUUAAAAGAGGCAACUGUGGAAGACCGAGGACAACAUGAAACAGUGAUUCCAAGUGAACUGCCCCUUGUUCAAGAACUCACUUCCACACUGAGGGAGUGGGCAGUUAUCUGGCACAAGCUGUAUGUGGACAACAGGAUGACACAAUUUCGGCAUUUACAGCAAAUGACCUAUUGCCUGAUAGAAUGGAGAUCACAGAUACUCUCUGGGACCCUUCCCAAAGAUGAGUUGGCAGAACUCAAGAAGAAAGUCACUGCUAAAAUUGACUACGGCAACAGGAUCUUAGGGCUGGAUCUGGUGGUGCGAGAUGACAAUGGAAACAUCCUGGACCCAGAUGAAACCAGCACGAUUGCUCUCUUUAAGUCCCAUGAGAUGGCAUCCAAAAGGAUCGAUGAAAGGAUCCAAGAGGAGAAGUCUCUGCAACAGAAUUUAGACCUCCGAGGACAGCCAGUAUUCAACACAACACACACCUACGGCCUGUACGUGAACUUCAAGAACUUCGUCUGCAACAUUGGUGAAGAUGCAGAGUUGUUCAUGAGCCUCUAUGAUCCUGACCAGUCGAAACUGAUCAGUGAAAAUUACCUGGUUCGUUGGGGCAGUAAUGGGAUGCCGAAGGAAAUUGAGAAACUUAAUAAUCUCCAAGCGAUCUUUACAGACCUGAGCAGCUCUGACCUGAUCAGGCCCAAAAUCAGCUUGGUGUGUCAAAUUGUGAGAGUGGGGCACAUGGAGCUAAAAGAUGGAAAGAAACACACCGGUGGGCUCCGGAGACCGUUUGGGGUGGCAGUAAUGGACAUUACUGAUAUCAUACAUGGGAAGGUGGAUGACGAGGAAAAGCAACACUUUAUUCCUUUUCAGCAAAUCGCAAUGGAAACCUACAUCAGGCAGCGACAGCUAAUCAUGUCUCCUCUAAUGACUUCCCAUGUGAUCGGCGAGAAUGAGCCUCUCACUUCGGUCUUCAACAAAGUCAUCGCUGCAAAGGAAGUGAAUCAUAAAGGGCAAGGCCUCUGGGUCUCCCUGAAGCUGUUACCUGGAGACUUAGCCCAGGUUCAGAAGGAUUUUUCUCACCUUGUCGACAGAUCGACUGCAGUGGCUCGCAAAAUGGGAUUCCCUGAGAUUAUUCUGCCUGGUGAUGUUCGAAAUGACAUCUACAUCACUCUGAUACAAGGGGAGUUUGACAAAGGGAAGAAGAAGACUCCCAAGAAUGUAGAGGUCACCAUGUCUGUGCAUGAUGAAGAUGGCAACCUCUUGGAGAAAGCUAUCCAUCCAGGUGCUGGUUAUGAAGGGAUCUCCGAAUACAAGUCCGUUGUUUACUAUCAAGUCAAGCAGCCUUGUUGGUAUGAAACCGUAAAGGUGUCUAUUGCAAUUGAAGAGGUCAGUCGUUGCCAUCUGAGGUUUACGGUCCGUCACCGAUCAUCACAGGAAUCCAGGGAUAAAUCGGAGAGAGCUUUCGGGGUGGCCUUUGUGAAACUGAUGAAUGCGGAUGGAACAACUCUGCAGGAUGGCAAACACAAUUUAGUCGUUUACAAGGGCGAUAACAAGAAAAUGGAAGACGCUAAAUUCUACUUAACUCUUCCUGGCACAAAAGUAGAGGAGGAGAAGGACGGCCCACCAGGCAAAAACCUGCACCACUCGUCCAACUUCACGCCCACUAAAGACAGCACGAAGGACAGCUUCCAGAUCGCCACUCUUAUCUGCUCCACCAAACUGACCCAGAACGUUGACCUGCUGGGUUUGUUGAACUGGCGUUCUAACUCUCAGCACAUAGCGCACAACCUAAAGAAGCUAAUGGACGUGGAAGGAGGAGAAAUUGUAAAGUUUUUACAAGACACACUUGAUGCACUUUUCAACAUAAUGAUGGAGAUGUCAGACAAUGAAACCUAUGACUUCCUUGUGUUCGAUGCACUGGUAUUUAUUAUUUCUCUGAUCGGAGACAUCAAGUUCCAGCAUUUUAACCCUGUACUUGAAACUUAUAUUUACAAGCACUUCAGCACCACCCUGGCUUAUGUGAAACUCACCAGAGUACUGAACUAUUACAUACGAAAUGCAGAUGACUCCAGCAAGACAGAAUUGCUGUUCGCUGCCCUGAAAGCCUUGAAGUAUCUGUUCCGAUUCAUCGUCCAGUCACGGGUACUGUACCUGAGGUUUUGUGGGAAAGACGAAGAUGGGGAUGACUUUAACAAUGCAAUCCGCAAGUUGUUUUUCUCCUUCAAUGUCCUCAUGGACCGACCACUAGAGGAGGCUGUCAAGAUUAAGGGCGCAGCUUUAAAAUACUUACCAAGCAUCAUAAAUGACGUCAAACUGGUAUUUGAUCCGGUUGAGCUCAGCAUCCUCUUCAGCAAAUUUAUCCAAAGUAUCCCUGACAACCAGUUAGUUCGGCAGAAACUCAACUGCAUGACCAAGGUAGUGGACAGUGAUCUGUUCAAACAGUCCGAAUGCAGAGAUGCUCUCCUGCCUCUACUAAUAGAUCAGCUAAGUGGCCAACUGGAUGACAAUUCAAACAAACCGGAUCAUGAGGCCUGCUCUCAGCUCCUCAGUAACAUUCUAGAAGUGCUUGACCGGAAGGAUGUGGGGCCCACUGCAGUUCACAUCCAGCUGAUCAUGGAGCGCCUGCUGAGGAGAAUAAACCGGACGGUGAUUGGAAUGAGCAGACAGUCUCUGCACAUUGGUAGUUUUGUAGCCUGCAUGACAGCCAUCCUGAGACAGAUGGAUGAUUUCCACUAUAACCACUACAUCAGCACUUUCAAAACCAGACAGGACAUUAUCGACUUCCUGAUGGAAACCUUCAUCAUGUUUAAGGAUCUGAUCGGAAAGAAUGUCUAUGCGAACGACUGGAUGGUGAUGAACAUGAUGCAGAGCAGGGUUUUCCUUAGAGCAGUGAACCAAUUUACCUCUGUGCUCAACCGAUUCUUUCUGGAUCAAGCAAGCUUCGAACUCCAGCUCUGGAACAAUUACUUCCACUUGGCAGUAGCUUUUCUCACUCACGAAUCCCUCCAGCUGGAGAACUUCUCACAGGCCAAACGCAACAAAAUUUUCAAGAAAUAUGGGGACAUGAGGAAAGAGAUUGGCUUCAAAAUAAGGGAUAUGUGGUAUAACCUGGGCCCCCAUAAGAUCAAGUUCAUCCCAUCGAUGGUGGGUCCAAUCCUGGAGGUGACCCUGAUACCUGAGCCCGAGCUGCGAAAAGCUGCCAUCCCCAUCUUCUUUGACAUGAUGCAGUGCGAGUUCAACUUCAGUGGGAACAGAAACUUCCAUAUGCUUGAAAACGAGUUGAUAACCAAACUGGACCAGGAAGUGGAAGGGGGCCGAGGGGACGAGCAAUACAAGGCCUUGCUGGAGAAACUCCUGCUGGAGCACUGCCGGAAGCACAAAUACCUGUCGAGUUCUGGAGAAGUGUUUGCUUUGCUGGUCAGCAGCCUGCUAGAAAAUCUCUUGGACUACAGGACCAUCAUGCACGAUGAAAGCAAGGAGAACCGUAUGAGCUGCACUGUCAACGUGCUGAAUUUUUAUAAGGAGAAGAAACGGGAGGACAUAUACAUCAGGUAUCUGUAUAAACUCCGGGACCUACACAGAGACUGUGAGAACUUCACAGAGGCAGCAUACACUCUGCUUCUCCAUGCAGAACUCCUUAAGUGGUCCGAUAAGCCGUGUGCUCCCCAUCUGCUGCAGAGGGACAGCUACUAUGUUUAUUCACAACAGGAACUCAAGGAAAAACUCUACCAAGAAAUCAUCUCUUUCUUCGACAAGGGCAAAAUGUGGGAGAAAGCAAUCCAGCUAAGCAAAGAGUUGGCUGACAUGUACGAGAACCAAGUCUUUGAUUACGAGGGGCUUAGUAAUCUUUUGAAAAAACGAGCCAAGUUUUAUGAGAAUAUUAUGAAGGCGAUGAGACCUCAGCCAGAGUAUUUUGCUGUUGGGUAUUAUGGGAUGGGUUUCCCCUCAUUCCUCCGGAAUAAAAUCUUUAUCUACCGUGGCAAGGAGUAUGAACGGCGGGAAGACUUUAACCUGAAAUUGCUGACCCAGUUUCCAAACGCUGAGAAGAUGACCAGCACUACCCCUCCAGGAGAAGAGAUCAAGUCUUCCCCUAAACAGUAUGUGCAGUGCUUUAUAGUGAAGCCUGUGAUGAACCUGCCACCCAACUAUAAAGACAAGCCUGUUCCGGAGCAGAUCUUAAACUACUACAGAGCCAAUGAGGUGCAGCAGUUCACACAUUCCCGGCCAUUUAGGAAAGGAGAAAAAGAUCCAGAGAAUGAAUUUGCGACCAUGUGGAUUGAAAGAACGACCUACACAACUGCCUACACAUUCCCAGGAAUCCUCAAGUGGUUUGAAGCCAAACAGAUUACAACGGAGGAGAUCAGCCCUUUGAAGAAUGCCAUCGAAACCAUGGAGCUGACCAAUGAGAAGAUCAGCAACAGCGUCCAACAGCACGCCUGGGACCGGGCCCUGCCUGUGCACCCGCUGUCCAUGCUGCUGAAUGGCAUUGUGGACCCUGCAGUCAUGGGGGGAUACACCAACUACGAAAAGGCCUUUUUCACGGAGAAGUAUAUCCAAGAACAUCCUGAAGACCAAGAUCAAAUUGAACUACUUAAGCAAUUAAUUGCCUUACAGAUGCCUUUGCUGGCUGAAGGUAUUAGGAUUCAUGGUGAGAAACUGACUGAGCAGCUGAAGCCCCUGCAUGACAGACUGACAACCUGCUUCAAAGAGCUGAAGAAGAAAGUAGAGAAGCUCUAUGGUGUGAUAACUCUGCCUUCCUCCCUGACGGAGAGGAAGCAGAGCAGGUCAGGCUCCGUGGUAUUGCCCUACAUCAUGUCUUCCACGCUGAGACGGCUGUCUGUCACCUCUGUGACUUCCUCUGUGGUAUCUACAUCCUCCACCUCAUCUGACAGCACCUCCUCCAGGCCAGGAUCUGACGGAUCCAUUCUCGAGCCUCUCUUGGAGAGAAGGCUGUCGACGGCCUCCAAGGCUGAAGAGCUGCCUGUCAAGGAAGACGCCGAUAACCGGAUUAACAAAUUCAAGCGGAAGGAUUGGAGUAUUAGCAAGUCUCAGGUUAUUGUGGAGAAGGAGCCAGAAGCUGAACUGACUUCCAAAACGAGCACAUCAGAAAAAGCACAGAGGCCAAAGAGUCUUCAGUUAGGAGACAGCAGACUGACACUGCUUCAGGCUUCCUCACUCCAGCAGUCAACCCCACUCACUCCACCCCCGAUCACUCCAAAAACCCCAAGAACCCACAGUUUUCCCUCGUUGCAGACAGAUGGAUUGGCAACUGCUAACUUCCAGAGCACCCCACCUCCGCCUCCACCCAAGAGCAAACCCUAUGAGAAUAGCAACUCCAGGAACUCUUUGGAGGUUGCCCCACCACUGCCCAGCAGACGUGAAGUCAAACCUCCUCCUCCGCCUCCGAAAGCAAGAAAAUCCAGCGUCAUCUCUUCGGAGCAGGGAUUGCAAUAA